CACAGCUGUAUAAAAUGCACACUGAAGUGGAUUAUAUGGCAGUGUGGAGUCAAGAUAAUCCAGUUCAAAGCAGUUAAUAUAAGAUUAUAAAUGGGUUAUAUAGCUGUGUGGAAGGGCCUUGAGUCUACACUGCCAUAUAAUCCAGUUAAAAUGUGAUAAUCUGUAUUUUAUAGGCAGUGUGGAAGAGGCCUAAGUGAGGCCUAACUCUGCUUGUCCCCUGGGCUGAGUGGAUUGCUAGGAGACCAAGUGCGUGGAGCUUAGCCUUCUAACUGGCAGCAAUUGGAUAAAAACAAUUAUUCAUCUCCCUCUAAUUAGGACUUUUUCUUUUCUUUUUGUUGUCUUGACCUUGAGGCGUGGAUGAGGGGUUGGGCUGUCAAUUUUUGAGGUUGUGGGGUGUUUAGUUUUGUUGUUUUGUCCGUUGCCGGGAUUCCUUCACUUUUUUAUAUAUAUAGAUAUUUUAAAGAUAGGAACAAUAGAAUGCUCAUAACUUCCUUGUAAUUGGCCUGUAAGUUGAAUUAAGCCAGUGAUAAGAGAAGAGCUUUGAAAACUCUUUGCUCCAACCUGUCAUGUAUUUGGAAGCAUCAAGUGUCAGCAAAGUCAGGUAGAAUCAGGCCAUCAGAUGAGAGCGAUGCCAAUCAUGCCCAUAAAGAUUGUUUUCUCUCCACAGCAGAAGUAUUUUGGAGGGGUGCAGGAUACUUGGAGAGUUGGUGUGUGUCAUGUGAGGGAUUCAAGUGUCACACUGACCCUGAUUCAAUGGCUGCAGUAGUCCAUAGUCCAGUGCAUGAUUCUUAUUCUGAUUAAAGCCAGGAAAUGUCUCAUAGUAUAGAAUAGAAGACAAGAGGCCAUAUCAGGAACAGUAGAGUGAAGCAGCUGGGAAAGGGUCCACCACAAUUAUGUCAACACCUUUCUCAUACAAAUCAACAUGACAGAAAAGUUGGACUGCCCCUGCCAUGGUCUGUGCAAACCACUUUUGAUUACCCUCUCUUUAGGAUUCUGCCUUUCAACAGUAGUAUCUCAACACUACUGCAAUUUCUUAGCUCAGGCAUUCAAGGCAGAGGCAGGUAAACAGGUCCUUUUAUUUAACUCCCCCCCCCCCCCACACACACGUAACCACCAAAACUGAGCGCAAUUCCUCCUCUGAUACAAAAAGCACUAAGGAAAUAGGCAACAUGAGAAACUCAUUAAUUUGCGUAGCGUGAUGAAUGGUUUAUCAACAUAAAAUGGACAGUGUGGUUCUGAAAUGAGCAUUUUCUGCCUCUGCUCAGCAACCUUGGUUAUAUAAAUAAAGCCUUGUACAGCAUCCUCUGCAAGAAUCAGAAGCUCAGGAGAUAUGUUUUCUCCUGGGUACAUUGCUUUUUUGGUAACUGCAGCUGUCUUGAACAUCAGCGGGUUCAUCUCUAAUGGCUUUAUUGUUACUGUGAUGAUCACUGCAUGGACUAAAAGCAGGAGACUUGCAUCCAGUGAACAGCUCCUUCUAAGCCUGGGUCUGUCCAAUUUGUGGGUGACAAUUGUCCUGAUUGUGUUUUGCUUCGGUUUUGCAACUUUAACCAAUUUCAAUGAUCAAAUUUUCCUUUUCUCCUUUUUCAGCUUUGCUGUGGUAGUCAGGUAUUGGCUCACUGUCUUGCUAUGUUUUUUCUACUGCAUCAAGAUUGUGAACAGUACCCACACUUUCUUCCUUUGGUGCAAACUGAGGAUAUCAUGGUUAAUACCCCGACUUCUGGUGGGAUCUAUUAUUAUCACCUUGUUAGCUUUCGUUAUGAUUUUAAGUUUUAUGUAUAUACUACCACCCCCGGCCAAUGUCACAACAGUGAUCCAUGCAAUGUCACAUAGUGAAAGCAUCAAGAGUUUAAUUGUGUUCUUUUUAACUGUUGGAUCUGGUUGUCCUUUCCUUUUGGUUUUAUUAUGCUCCAUUUUAGUUGUUGCAUCACUCUGUGGACACGUCUGUCAAAUGACAGGUAAAGAAUCCCAUCUCAGGAGUUUCCAGACAAAAGCUCAUGUUCAGGCAGCUCGGACAGUGCUCUCUCUGCUAUUGCUUUUUCUUUCAUUUUUUGUGGCACAGACUUUGUCUAUGACUGUAGAUAUAGGAUAUAAUGAAAGGUUAUUUAUUUUCACAGUGAUGACAAUAUACUCUCCUGCUCAGGCUGCCAUUCUGGUGUUGAAUAACCCCAAAUUAAAGCAGGCCUUAGCCGUGAUGGUUCAAAGAACAGUCUUAAUAUGUGAGGAGAAAAAUUGAUGCAUCGUUUCCCCUUCCUUUAUGGUUAAUUUUAUGAGACAAAGAUCAGGUCUUGGACAAUGGAUAUAAGCAGAGAUGAAGCUUUCUUUGUUUGUAUAGUGAUGAUAGUGGACUCCACAGCUCCCAUCUUCCAUCUUCCUUUUGACAAACUCCAAAAUAAAACAGACAUUUACCUAUAUGUUUCAAAAAGCAAAGCCUUAACAUCCUGAAUAUACUUGAUGUGGGUUUUCCCUGCCUAGUUAUACACUACGAUAUUCCAUUAUAACAAAAGCAGAAUAAGAAGACAAAAACAGAAAAGAUAGCCAAGUUAGUGAAAUGUUUCUAUAAAGGCCUACAAAUUGUCCAAAUGUAAAUUUGUUUGUAGGUUUCAUCUAUAUAUCAUUCUUUCAAAAAAUGCAAAUGUUUUUAAAUCAGGUAUUCACAUCCUUCAUUUUGACAUGACUCAUUUUAUCAUUUUUUUACAGCUGAAAAAAAUUUACAACUUUUUUUUUUUAGAGAGUUAACAUUGGAGGAUAAACUGGACUGGGUAUCAUGAAGAGGGCUUCAUUUUUUCCAUCAUGUCUGGAUUAAAUUUCUUUUGUACCUGAUAGUAAUAUGAUGUUUCCUUUGAUGCAAAAAUAAGCUAAUAAAUGAUAUGUCCGUGAUUUGAAUCCGGACAUAACAGGAGCAAAGUACCAAAAGCCUUUUCCAUUCCAAAUCCCUAUAUGAUUCAGGUGCUUUAGAUAUUUAACUUUCUCUUUUUAAAUCAAGAUUGCCAGAGAAAGUCUAGGCAAACAAUUUGCUGCACGGUUGGCCAUCCACCAGAAAGGCAACAUUCUCUAAGUGCCAAUUACUGACUUUUUGGCCCUUUUUGUUGAGUUUCGAUACAGACGAUACCUAAACCCAACAAGACUUUCAAAAAUAUUCAAAAAGACCUAUAAUAUAUGUUGGAAAUGUGAAUCUCUAGAAGGCAUAUGUAGUAGAUCUACAAAAAAGGACAGGAAAAUGAUAAAGAUAUCAAUGCAAAACAUUAAAACAAUUAGAAUCCAUCUGAAUUCAGAACUAUUUUUAUUGGACCUUGCAGUUAAUGAUAAAAUAUUGCUUUAUGCUUCCCAUAAAAGAAGAAUGAAUUGUAAAAAGCUGGGAAAUGGCAGAGUUGGACAAACUAUGACUUGACUUAGGCGAUCCCUCAUAGUUCGAGGAUGAUAAUUGAUUAAUGAUCAAUUUGCGCAUAAUUUUGUAUAAAACUGGGAGUCACUUUUAUUUUGAAAUAGUUUUAACUGUUGACAUUUAGCAGAAGUUUAAACUUAAGAAAUGUAUUGUAGUGGUUUAACAUAUGUCUUUAACUGAUGGGCUGGGGAGUAUAAGUGUAGGGGUGUUUUGACUGGGAUUUCGGUUUAGAAUUCUGGUCGGGCUUUUUAUUUGUUGGCUGUUUGUUUCUUAUUAAUGUAAGGUUUAUUUUAUUUUUUGUACUGCAAUGAAUACAGUAUUCAAGAGCAUUCCAUGUUAUGGUUUCAGAGCUAUUGCAGAACGAUUGAAAAUAUGGACAUGGAGCCAAUGCGAGUUUCUGGCUAAUGACUAGGGGGAUGGGAGCUACAGAUUCCACACAAUGACACCAUAACCACUCUCUGUAAAUUCUGGUGUACUUUUUCAGCAGAAAUGUAUUCCUUUGCUUAAAAUAAAAAUAUUCCUGUAGUUUGAUUUAGCCACAGAACAUUUUUUCAUUAGCCCAGCUAAUGUCUACUAUAUUAGCAUACUUCCAAGGCUAAAACUCCUGUGACUGUCAGACCUGCAAUUGUUACCCAAUUACAAUGAGGCUUUGAAUAAUAUGUUUUGAUAUACCAUCACUGCAAUCACAUACUCUUGUUUUUGUUGUUGCUAGUUUUUUUUAUAGUUACUGAUUUUGUAAAAAUGUUUGGAAUAUUAGCUACAACAGCAUGGCCUGAGCAGGUAUGGGAGGAAGCUCAUGGGGGUGACACUAUGAGUUACUGACACCAACCCUUUUGACACCACUGCCUUUGGUUUUCAAAGUGGUUUUCAGAAGCACUUCUUUUAGACAUUUUUUUUUAAAAAAUGAUUAUUUUAUUUUUACUUUGCACUUUCUUGGAAAACCUGUCUUUUUUAGAUAUGUGCACCAGACUCUGAAUCAGAAUAGGGGUGGCACUGGGAUGGUGAUAGAGUGAUGGGAGGGCAAGACAGGGUAGUGGGAGGGUUAUGUUAUUAUAUACUCCCCUGAAACAUUUAUAGUGCAUCAAGAGACUUCCAACAAAUAUAUGAUUUUUUCCUUUUUUUAUUAAAAGAUUUUCUGGAGAUCCAGAGUGCUAGAGGCUCUGAAACGGACCUAGCAGCAGCUGUACCCUAGAAACUCUUCCAUAAAAUGGAUCAUUUUGAUGAUUUUGUGUAACUUGUAUCUUUUAUAUAUUGUGCACAGUGUCAAUUCCUACUAUAUGAAGUGUAUAAACUGUUUCUAUAACAAUGUGUUGUCAAAGGCAUUCAUGGCCAGGAUCACAGGGUUGUUGUAUGU